UAGUUAACCAGCGCUGAUGGGAGAGGAAGAAGGUGACGCUGAAUUAUCGAACGCUUACUUAGUUAUCGGCUGGGGAGGCUUAAAUCGAGACAACAACAUCAAGCCCUAGCUAGCGAGGGGCGAAGAUAUUACAUCUCAUAAAUACGUGAACAUGUUGAUGCAUCCACUUUGAACAUAAAGGCAGAUAUCCAACUAAACCGAACAGGACUACUGCAGUACCUCAUCAUUGUUGACACUGUCUCCACCAUUGCCUCUUCUGCCGUGGCACUGGAACAUGAAGAAUGUCUGCUGUAUUACCAAAGACUGACCAGAAGGAAGCAAUGAGGGGCUUUGGGGGAAGUUGCCAAGCUGCGUUGUGGAUCCAGUAGCUGGGAUUCAGAGUGCUUGUUGUGUAUGAGUGUGUGUUUGUGUGUGCGUGGGUGCAUGCUAGCACAACCUGUCCCCUUCAGGCAGGGACAUGCUACUCUGAUAUUGGAGUUGGAGAAGAAAGGAGUCGACCUCCAUAAACGAGGAGAAGAAAGAAGAGAAGAGCGUAUGCAGUACAACAUUGCCAGAUAUAAAUACUGUGUGUUUUGGCUGCAGUUUAACCCAGUGGAAGUGGCUUUUAAUACUGCACAUUUCUAUAAAACACCUUUCUUCUGUCUUUGUAUCGCCUCCCUCCCCCCUAAGAGUCCUUGUUGUUUUGGCGCCUCUGUGAUUUGCAUGGCCGGGGAGUAAUCGUGGAGAGGCCAGGGUAUCACAAGCUUAUGGAUUUUGACAAGAAGGUGGGUAAGGGAGAGACGGAGGAAGGGAAAAAUAUGUCUAAGGCAGCUGGCAGCAGGACUGUCCGGGGUACAGGGACCAACUCUGGGGUUCUUAUGGUUGGCCCAAACUUCCGCGUUGGAAAAAAAAUCGGCUGUGGCAAUUUUGGAGAGCUGCGGCUGGGGAAGAACCUCUACACCAACGAAUAUGUGGCCAUCAAAUUGGAACCAAUUAAGUCCCGGGCGCCACAGCUUCAUUUGGAAUAUAGAUUUUAUAAACAGUUGGGAAGUUCAGAGGGUAUUCCUCAGGUGUACUACUUUGGGCCAUGUGGGAAGUACAAUGCCAUGGUGCUGGAGCUGCUGGGGCCCAGCCUGGAAGACCUGUUUGAUCUCUGUGACCGCACCUUCUCCCUCAAGACCGUCCUCAUGAUAGCCAUACAGCUGAUAACACGGAUGGAAUUUGUCCACACAAAAAGCUUGAUAUACAGAGACGUCAAGCCAGAGAACUUUUUGGUGGGGCGGCCGGGCAGCAAGAGGCAGCACACAAUCCACAUUAUCGACUUCGGGCUGGCCAAAGAAUACAUCGACCCUGAGACCAAAAAACACAUCCCGUACCGGGAGCACAAGAGCCUUACGGGAACGGCGCGCUACAUGAGCAUCAACACACACCUGGGGAAAGAGCAAAGCAGGCGGGAUGACCUGGAGGCUCUGGGUCACAUGUUCAUGUACUUCCUGCGAGGCAGUCUUCCCUGGCAAGGCCUGAAGGCGGACACAUUGAAGGAGAGGUAUCAGAAGAUUGGCGAUACCAAGCGAGCUACCCCAAUUGAAGUGCUUUGUGAAAGCUUCCCGGAAGAGAUGGCCACAUAUCUGCGUUACGUGAGGAGGCUGGACUUCUUUGAGAAACCUGAUUAUGACUACUUACGGAAACUCUUCACGGAACUGUUUGACAGGAACGGCUACGUCUUUGAUUAUGAAUACGACUGGGUCGGCAAGCCACUUCCUACACCGGUAGGCCCCAUCCCCAGUGACACGCCCGCUCAGCCCAGCAGAGACAAAGCACAACAGCAGACCAAAAACCAGUUGCCUGAGGCCAAAGGAGAUGAGGCUCAGCGUCAGCUGUCUCCAAUGACCAAUACAGAGACACUGGGGUCACAUCUUGUGGCCGAAAGGCUGGGGGGCUCUGUCCAGGUGAUGAGCUCGACGAAUGGAGAGCUGAACACUGACGACCCGACGGCGGGACACUCCAAUGCUCCCAUCACUGCUCCCACUGAGGUGGAGGUGGCUGAUGAUACCAAGUGCUGCUGUUUCUUCAAAAUGAGAAAGAGGAAAACUCUCCAGCGGCACAAGUGAAGAGAAGACCUCGGCGGGAACUUGAAACAUUCUGCUCACUUUCAAGUUUUAAAUGGAAGCAACCACACCGAUCACCCAUCCUAUCUCCCUUUCCCAAUCUCUCUCUCUCUCUCCCUCUCGCUCUUCUCCAUCUUUCUCAGCGCUCUUCUGCUACAGGCGUGUAAAGCAAUGUUGUUGUCCUACAGACUUUGUGGGCUACACAACAGACACUGGCUUCCAAAAGAAAGAAACCGUUAAAGUACCUGCAUAAUAAAGAGAGAACGUUUAAAAGCUGUAACAAAGAAACGCGAAUAUCGUGGCGUGAAUAGAAAAAAAUGAUACUGUUUGAAACAGUUGUUGUAUUCUAGAUUCCAUACAUAGCAUUUACUGUUCAACAGCCAUUGAUCUGAGGGAACUGUCAAUGAGUCGAGGGAAAGAAGUCUGUUCCAUAGAAAUAGUCCUUUAUUUGUGGGAUCAAG